GUGAGCCCCGUUCAUUCAUUCCCCGUGGUGCUGAUGCUGGGCCUGGCUCUGCUCUCGCUGCCCUGGAGCUCCGGCGCCCUGGCUGCCGAAGGCCCCUUCCCGCCGUCUAAUGAUACACUCUGCAUACGCUUCUGUUGAAAAUUUGUGGCUAGACAUUCCUGUGGGACCGGGAAUCCAAAUUCUUGGGUACAAACAGAAACUUACUUUCCUUGGGGAUUUUUUUUCCUCUCUUGCUCACACACACACUCUCGCGUUCUUUCCUUUUUUCUUUUUCAUAGCAGUAGGGGGAAAAAAGAGACAAAACAAAACAAAAAAACAAACAAAAAGCAACACCACCAUCCCCCCCUUUAUUUUCAAAGUCGCUAGGAAAAAAUAAAACAACAGCCAGCCAAGUCGAUCCCAACCCAACCCCCUGAAGGGCUGAAUCCUCGCCUUCCUCAGAGCGGGGCAUGGCAUCGAACAGCAUCUUCGACUCCUUCCCGACCUACUCGGCGACCUUCAUCCGGGACCCGAGCACCAGCCGCCGCUUCACACCUCCCUCCACGGCCUUCCCCUGCGGCGGCGGCGGCGGCGGCGGCGGCGGCGGAGGCAAAAUGGGCGAGAACAGCGGCGCGCUGGGCGCCCAGGCAGCCGUGGGGCCGGGCGGGCGCUCCAGGCCCGAGGUGCGCUCGAUGGUGGACGUGUUGGCGGACCACGCGGGCGAGCUCGUGCGCACCGACAGCCCCAACUUCCUCUGCUCCGUGCUGCCCUCGCACUGGCGCUGCAACAAGACACUGCCCGUCGCGUUCAAGGUGGUGGCGCUGGGGGAUGUGCCGGAUGGAACGGUGGUGACUGUGAUGGCAGGCAACGAUGAGAACUACUCCGCUGAGCUGCGUAACGCCUCCGCCGUCAUGAAGAACCAGGUGGCCAGGUUCAAUGACCUUCGCUUCGUGGGCCGCAGUGGGCGAGGAAAGAGUUUCACACUGACCAUCACCGUGUUCACCAACCCCACCCAAGUGGCCACUUACCACCGAGCAAUCAAGGUGACUGUGGAUGGACCCCGGGAGCCCAGACGACACCGGCAGAAGCUGGAGGACCAGACCAAGGCAUUCUCCGACCGCUUUGGGGACCUAGAACGGCUGCGCAUGAGGGUGACACCCAGCACGCCCAGCCCCCGCGGCUCCGUCAGCACCGCAAGUCACUUCAGCAGCCAGGCCCAGACCCCCAUCCAAGGCACCUCGGACCUGAACCCUUUCUCUGACCCGCGCCAGUUCGACCGCUCCUUCCCAGCGCUGCCGGCCCUCACGGAGAGCCGCUUCCCUGACCCCAGGAUGCAUUACCCUGGGGCCAUGUCAGCCGCCUUCCCCUACAGUGCCACGCCCUCGGGCACCGGCAUCAGCAGCCUCAGCGUGGCAAGCAUGCCAGCCACCAGCCGCUUCCACCACACCUACCUCCCGCCGCCCUACCCUGGGGCCCCGCAGAACCAGAGCGGGCCCUUCCAGGCCAACCCAUCCCCCUACCACCUCUACUAUGGUGCGUCCUCCGGCUCCUACCAGUUCUCCAUGGUGGCCGGCAGCAGUGGUGGGGGUGACCGCUCACCCACCCGCAUGCUGGCCUCCUGCACCAGUAGCGCCGCCUCAGUCGCCACAGGCAACCUCAUGAACCCCAGCCUGGGUGGCCAGAGUGACAACGUGGAGGCUGAUGGCAGCCACAGCAAUUCGCCCACUGCCCUGAGCACACCGGGCCGCAUGGACGAGGCUGUGUGGCGGCCCUACUGACCGCCCGGUCAAAGUGAACUGCGCUCGCCGGAGGCAGGGACUCCAGGGGCCUCUCCAGUGAGUGGCCAGCCCAGCUCGCAGGCUCAGGACAGGCAUGGGACGUAGGCUCCAGGGCAGUUGCGGGCUCAGGGGCCACGGGUCCUGGGGCCCGGAGCUGGUGUGUGGCUCUGAGAGCAGCAGUCCAGUCGCAUCUCUGUACAGAGGGGUAGGGACCUCCCCAAGGACACCACCCCCAGCCCAGAUCCGAGUCACCUCAUCCCACAUUCAUGUGGGAGAAGUCUCCUCCACCCGCCACCUACCCUGCAAUGACCUGGCUGUCCCCAGCUGUGCCCAGCACUAUCACAGGGCCCAGGUCUCCUGGGACAGAGCAUCUCUGUUCUGGAGAGGUGGCAUUUGCCCACACAGCUUGGCCUCUUAUCCACAGAAAGAACUCCCCACCCCCCACCUCCUCAGAAGCUCUGUGUGGCCCCAGCCCUCCUCCACAUUUACACAAACUGAACUGGAAGCCCCCCCGUACCCACCCUUCCCCUGGCCGAGGGGAUUCCCUCACUGUAUAGAUGGGGAAGGAACCCAUCCAGAGAACCUAAUAAAUCACUGGCAAGAAUGGGAUGAGGACCCCACCAAGCCAGUCCCCUCAGCUCUGCUUCCCCCAAAUUCCUAACUACAAAGAAGCCCCUGUCCCCAUCCUAGUAUGUGUGGGUCCCAGGCCCCUGGGUAGAUAGCCAAUGGCAGCAGGUGCCCCAGACCAGGACAGGCACCUGCAGACGGGUCAUCCGUGCACUUUAGCAGCCCAAGGCAUUCAGCCUCUGUUCUCAUGGUGUGGGCUGGGGUCCCCUUCCCCCUUGGCAGGUCUGUAAGUUGCUGGUUUUUGAAAGCACAGGGACCAUAUAGGUUCUAGUGGAAAUCAUUGCCGGGAGGGCCCUGGGGUCAGGUGUCAGCACCCCUGUCCCACCUAGGUCCAGCCAAGUGGUGCACAUCCCCAGUCCCUGGCCUCGUGGGCAGGUCCGGCCCAGCCUCCCCACUUCUGACCCACAAGUCUCCAUCUGUCGCCAGUCUAUGCUCCAAAAGCAGUCCUGAACAAAAACCAGUUUUUAAAGCUGAGUUUAGAAAAAGAAGAAGCUCAAACAUCUUCAAACACACAGUCUCUUACAGGUAAAGCCUCUGAGAGUGAAUAAUACUCUGCUCUCUUCUGAGAGUGUGGAAUUAGGAUCCCCGUACCUCAGCGGGUCACAUUCCUUCAGCAGCAUCUUACCAACGUCCACCAAAGGCUGACCCUGGCAGGGCCCAAGGGAGAGGCUGAAUCUCGCUUCUGGGGCUUCUAGACGUUUGUCCAGGCAGAUGUCUGGUGUUCUGGUGGAGGUGGGUGGGAUGUGAGGGGCAGAGGGCAGUGGCUGCAGAGUGGCAGAACGGGGAGCCAUGAGGGGCUCACCAGCCUCUGCUCGGCCCUCCUGUGCUCAGAGAUGAAGUGUCGCCCCUUUGGUCUGCAGAUGGCUAAGUGGGCCUUGCCCAUGGGUUCCAGCUGUGUGGAUUCUUGUGUAUGAAUUCUUUGGUUCUAGAAAGCUUACAUGGAAAAGGCUAACAAAACUCUCCUAAGGGCUGGAGAGCAUAUGGUUUUUUGUCAUUGUUUUCACCACAUCCUCCAUGGCUGUGGCAAUCUCCCCUUCAAAAUGCUCAGUGGUUGUGUUAUGGUACCUGGCCUGCCAUGCCACCUGCAACCUGUAACAGCCAGAUAGGCGCACCGGAUACAUCCUCUGGCAGGUGAGGAGGUCUGUCUGGUGGUGGUACUCAAACUCGCCUGCUGCAGUUUCUCUUGUCCUCCCCUUGCUGGGAAAAGCAGUCUCCAUCUCUUCAGAAUCGCUGCUGGGAGUGUCCUGCUGACUCCUACACAGCGGGGCUCUCCACCCCUUCUCAGGAAGCAGCUACAAACGUCGCCCUCGCACCUUCUUCACUCCUGUUCUGUGGUUGUAGGCUGACCCCAGGCCUGUGUGGGAGGCACCCUUGGGUCCCCAGGGCCCAGCACUUUGUAGCCCCACCCCAGAUUACUACCCCUUCCCGAUACCCAAGUCCUGGUAGGGGCAGGGACAGGAAAUAAAUUGACCCCCCUGCCUGACCCCCUUAAAAACGUGAUGGCAGCCGUGCCGAGUCUGUAAGACCCAUAGUGGGUACGGACAGCCUGGGACGGUAGAAAUGGGUCCUUAUUUACAAGGCUGCUUUAAAGUUGUACCGGACAAACACUGAUUUAGAAAGCACAAGAAAACUAAGGGGUUUUGAUACCAUAUUAUUGUCAGCCUGGUGGUGGUGGGUUCAGAUCCUUUGUGACAUAUUGUCAUGCUGAGGUGUUAAUACCUGCUACACUCAAUCUUCACAGAACCAUCCCAGAGCUGGGAAGAGGGUGGGAGGGGUGGAAACUGCUUUGCACUAUAAUUUUGCUUGGUGUGUUUAUUUUUAAUGCACAACUUGCUUGUACAGUAAAUUGUCUUCUGUACUAUUUAACUGUAAGAUGGAAUUUUGACUGAUUUGUUACAAUAAUAUAACUCUUGAGAUGUGUUGAAGGA